AUGUUGCAAUGGCCAUCUUCCCCAACCACGCCAACGCGACGUUUGGGAGAGACGGUGAGCGUUGUAAGCAUUGGACAGCUUACGGUGGCGCCAGAGGAUCCUCCACUUCCACCCAGUCGGCGUUGGACACUAGGAGCCACAAAGCAUGCCCUGGGGGGAAGGUCAGUCCUCGAACCGAUCGAAAACUCUGCGAAAGCUUGUUCUCGCCGUACUUCGGACGAAAUAUGUUUGGUAUCAUUAAGCGGAAGCAGGCACUCGUCCAGGGGCUGCUUGCCACCUUUGGAUGUAGAUGCUUCAGAUUUAGAAGAACGCCGCAUCAAGGGCUGUCGCGGGGCCUCUGAGUAUUUGCAAAGGCAAAGCCGCAGACAUGAGCUCAGCACUCAUGAGCAAUUUUUUGUGAAGGAGAGCUUUCAGCGUUUCAAGUCAGGUGCAGAGAUGAACUGCAGUGAUCUUUAUGAUGUUCUCGACCAUCUUGGAUACUUGGGCAUCACUGAGGAAGCUGCUACCUCUCUAGCAAAAGAGGUGUCUCGUUUUUCCACAUUAGAUUGGAAGGAGCUGCUCAAAGUUGUGGAGUGUGCUGGACCAUGGGAAUACGAACAGUUGCAGGUGACCUUUAAGGCACAUUCGACUGACUUGGCUGAUGGCUCAACGUUUGUUCAUGUGGCCAGACUUCCACUUCUUCUGCAUGAUCUCGGGCUAUCUUCGGAUUGGCAAGCCAUUCGUGAAAGCAUUAUGGAAGCGUUGGGACUGGAUAUACAACAGCAACCGCAGAUCCAAUCUAGCGAUUCAGAAGUUUCUGGGGAUGACAACAGCUUCCAGUUCUCAUUGGAACAAAUCAAUCUGAUUUUGGCGACACAUCGUGCAGCUCAAUGCUCCUCGUCCACUCUGCUCAAGUGUGCUGAGACUUUAUUUCUCUCUGUAGCUCGAGUCAGCACACUGAGCCAGCGCCCUGAAGUCAGCAUUCAUCGAGUCCCAGAGCUUUUGCAUCGACUGCAUGAAUACGAUGUGUCCGACAGUGUCCGUGAGAUAUGUCGUCGGCUGCGCAGCGGCGAUCUGAUGAGUGACGCCAGCGAUGCGUCAGGAGAUGAAGAUCUGCAGCGAUCGCCUUUGCUUUCCUUCUGCUUCAAUCUGACCUUGUUUUGCACAUUUCAGAGUUUGGAAACUGUGCUAGAUGUGCGUGGCAACAAGCGCUGGCCUCCUGGCAUUGCUUUGCAUGUUGCAGACUAG